GAACAAGUUUUGCCGUGAUGUUGCCAAAUAUCACAAAUGAAGCGGAUGCAAAUAAAACAGAGACGGACAGUGAGAGGAUGGAAUUAAUUGCAUUUCUGCACCAACUUGAUUUAGCAGAAAAAAAUAUAUUAAUUAUCUUCGCCAUUUGUACAAUUCUUGGAAACACUUUGGUUUUGGUGGCGACUUGGAGAGAAAGAAGUCUUCAUGAACCAAAUAAAUAUUUCAUUGCUUGUCUAGCUGUCGCUGAUCUUUUGGUUG